AUGCGUUUCCAACAUCUUGCCCUGGCUUUGGCCUUGUCUUCGACCGUUUCUGCCGGUGUCGACUAUCUCGACAAUGGUGCUGCUUCUAAUGCGACCACCAGCUGCACUAAGAACCUUGCGGUUCCCACUGAUACUCCAAAUACCGACUACGGAAAUGUUCCAGUGAACAACCCAACCACCACCCUCCCAGUUGACUAUGAAAAUGGUCCAUCUUCGGAGCCUGUCCCAGCUCCAACUGAUAUUCCAAACUAUGGAGAUAUUCCAGAAUCCGAGCCUGUCCCAGCUCCAACUGAUGUUCCAUAUGAGGGAGAACCAUCAUCUGAGCCCGUCCCAGCUCCAACUGACAUUCCCUCCUAUGGAGAGGUCCCGGAGUCUGAGCCCGUCCCAGCACCAACUGAUGUUCCAUAUGAGGGAGAGCCAUCCUCUGCUCCAGUCCCAGUUCCUACCGAUACUGGAUACGGAGAUGUCCCAGAGUCUGAGCCAGUUCCAGUCCCAGCUCCAACUAGCACCAAGUGCACCAAGGGCCAGAACCCAUCUUCCGAUGCCGUUCCUACCCCUACUGGAAUUCCCUACGGAAACAAUCCCGACACUUCUAUCGAAGCUGUCCCAACCACCGCCCCAACUGGAAUCCCAUACGGAAAUGUUCCCGAGUCCGAGCCUGUCCCACAACCAACUUCCUACAUCACCACCACCACUGUCUAUGACACCGAGAUCGUGACCAAGCCAUGCGAUGCUUGCGCCGAGCAGACCUACACUCAGCACAUCACUGAGACCAUCACCGUCCCAUGCACCGGUGUUCCAAAGCCAGUCGAGACUACUUGCACUGAGACCAUUGAUAUCACCGAGACCAUUAUCUCCACUCGUGUCAACACCCACUACACCACCAUCGUUGUUCCAUCUGAGACCCCAGUCUGCCCUGGCGGAUACGGAUGCCCACCAAUCCCAGCUACCACUGAGACUCCAGAGUACCCACCAGUUGAGACUGAGACCACCCCAGAAUACCCACCAGUUGAGACUGAGACUACCCCAGAGUAUCCUCCUGUUGAGACUACCCCAUCCUACCCACCAGUUGACACCCCAGUCUGCCCAGGCAGCCCUAACUGCCCAGAGGAGACCUACAGCAGCACUGUUACUCUCCAGAGCACUGUCUAUGUUCAUACCAUCCAGGGUACCACCACCUCCACUGUCACCUACGAGACCCCAGUUGCUGUCCCAAUCCCAGUCUGCCCAGGUGGAUACGGAUGCCCAGAGGAGACCCCAGUCGCCAUCCCCACUCCAGUUUGCCCUGGCGGUGGAUAUGACUGCCCAACUACUCUUGCCACCACCCCAGUUCCAGUUCCAACCUACGCCCCAGUCUGCCCUGGUGGAUACGGAUGCCCAGCUACCAACGAGACCACUCCUACCGGAGUUGUCCCACCAGCCUACACUGGCGCUGCCGGCAAGGUCCAGAUCACUGGUCUCUUCGCCGCUUCUGCCAUCAUGGCUGUCUUUGCCAUUAUGAAUUUGUAA